AUGACUGAGGUCGGUGGAUCGUACAAAGACUCUCUCACUCAAGUAAGUUAUCGCAACUCACAUUUUUUUGUUUAUUCAAUAAAGGCAGAUUUUUCCGUGGUUAAUUUCAUAAAUUAUUUCUGAAGAAAAAUAAUUUUUGUUUUACAAAAAAAGUUUUCCAGAAACUGAAAAAAAUUGUCAGAGCUCGCUUUUAAAAUGUGUUCUCCAAAAAAAAAUAAAUAAAUGAUUUUUCAGGCUCAAAAAGAUGAGUUACAUCAAAUUGCCUUGAAAAUCGUUGCUGAUGGAAAGGGUAUUUUGGCCGCUGACGAGUCAACCGGUAAGUUCAAAAGAUCAUUUCAAGAUCAAGGUCGACUGAUUUUUAUUAAACAACAAUUCAUAUUCAAUUCAAAGUUCCAAUUCUAAAUCAGUUCAAAGUUGCAAAUAUCACGUGCAUGAUUAUUAUCAGUAGUUUUUGUUUCGAGAAUCAUCCUAUCACUUUUUACACAAAAAUAUAAAAGAACGAUAAAAAAGAAAGAUUGUUAUCAAGGUUGUUGAAAACAAAACAACAGAAAAUUUGAAAAAAAGAAUAACAAAAGUUCGAUCGAAUUGUGAUCUUAGAUAAUUGAUUUUGAUUUGAGGUAUUCUUUGGAAACCCUAAUUAUUAGGACUAUUUGAACAGAAAACUAGAUUUACUAGGAUUAUUCAGAAAAACAGUCUCAAUGAUGCACAGCUGAGCUUAGCUUGAAUUUAAUCAAUUAAUUAAUUAAAGGAACAAUUGGAAAACGUUUGGACGCCAUCAAUUUGGAAAACAACGAAACAAACCGUCAAAAAUACCGUCAAUUAUUGUUCACCACUCCAAAUCUCAACCAACACAUCUCCGGAGUCAUUCUCUACGAAGAAACAUUCCAUCAAUCAACCGAUAAAGGCGAGAAAUUCACCGAUUUGUUGAUCAAACAAGGAAUCGUGCCAGGAAUCAAAUUGGAUUUGGGAGUUGUUCCAUUGACCGGAACAAUUGGUGAGGGAACUACACAAGGAUUGGAUAAUUUGGCACAAAGAGCAGCCGCUUUCAAAAAAGGAGGAUGCGGUUUCGCUAAAUGGCGAUGUGUUUUGAACAUCGGAAAACACACUCCAUCUCAUUUGGGAAUGUUGGAAAAUGCUAAUGUUUUGGCUAGAUAUGCGACUAUCUGUCAAGCUAAUGGACUUGUCCCAAUUGUUGAACCAGAAGUUUUGUGCGACGGAGAACAUGAUUUGGCCAGAGCUCAAAAGGUAUGAUUGUAUUUGAAUAACUUUAACACUCUAUCCAUUCCCAAUCAUCAUAAUAUUCCAGGUCACCGAGCAAGUUCUCGCUUUCGUCUACAAAGCCCUUGCUGAUCAUCAUGUUUAUCUCGAAGGAACUCUUUUAAAACCAAACAUGGUUACACCAGGACAAUCAAGCCCAACAAAAUCAACACACGAAGAGAUCGGUCUUGCCACAGUUACUGCUUUGAGACGUGGAGUUCCAGCUGCUGUUCCAGGAAUCACUUUCUUGUCGGGUGGACAAUCCGAAUUGGAUGCUACUGCUAACUUGAAUGCUAUCAACCAGGUAAACACAAACUAGAAUUGAUCAACGUGAACUAAUAAUAAACAAAUAAUUCCAGGUUGCCCUUGGUAAACCAUGGAAGCUCACCUUCUCAUACGGUCGUGCUCUUCAAGCAUCCGUCUUGAAAGCCUGGGGUGGAAAAGACGAAAACAUUGCAGCUGCUCAAAAAACCUUGUUGCACAGAUCAAAGGCUAAUGGAGAUGCGUCGCUUGGAAAAUACGAGGGUGAAGAUUCAGCUGGAGCUGCUGCCGAAUCACUUUUCAUUGCCAAACAUUCCUAUUAA